CCAGCUCAUCCAUCCACUACUUAAAUUAGGAAUACUUGACAGAAUGUUUCUAGCUAAUUAACCACACUCCCAUUGCCAGUCCAGAGCUUAGGAGCUUCCUCACAUUGCCAUUGCCAUGGGGUGCACCACCUCCAGGCAAGCCCGGCACGACCUCCGCCAUUGCCCGUCGCCGCUCGCGCUGCCCCGGUGCCAGUCGUUCCCCGCCCGGUGCGCCGGUGACGCCGGCGUCCAUGUCGUGCGGCUCACGUCGACCACGCUUGGCUCCCUCGAGGUCGACAAGGGCGCGCCGCGGGCGGCGGAGGCGCCGCCGAUGAGGAGGAUGGUGCCGCGCACGCCGACCAUGACGCCGCCGAACGAGCCCGAGGCCAUCGACGCGUGGGCGCUCAUGGCCGGCCUCGAGGAGCACUCGCCGCUCCUGGUCCCGCCGUUCGCGCGCCACUCCUUCUCGUUCCCGAUCACGGCGGUGCCCCCGGAGCUCGCCGCUGCGUCGCGCAAGGUCACGCCGCUGCCGCUGGUGGAGAAGAAGAAGGCGUCGCCGGUGGCGCGUCCGCGCAAGGCCGUGCUCUACUUCACGUCGCUCCGCGGCGUGCGCGCGACGCACGAGGACUGCUGCCUGGCGCGCGCCAUCCUCGGGGGCUACGGCGUGCGCGUCGACGAGCGCGACGUGUCGAUGCACCGGGGAUUCCGCGACGAGCUCCACGGCCUGCUCGGCCUCGGCCGUGGCGCCGCCCUCGCCAAGUGCUGGGCGCCGGCGGCGGCGCCCGCCCUGCCGAGCCUGUUCGUGGACGGCGAGCUCGUGGGCAACGCCGACGAGCUGAAGCGGCUGCACGAGGCCGGGGAGCUCGCGGCGAGGCUCGCCGGGUGCGAGAGCGCGGCGCCCGGCGAGGCCGCCGGCGCGUGCGAGGCCUGCGCCGACGUCCGGUUCGUGCUCUGCGGCGCGUGCUCGGGCAGCUGCAAGGUGUACGUAGACGACGGCGACGACGACGACGAGAACCCAUUGGACGGCGGCGGCGGCGGGGGAUUCCGGCGAUGCACGGAGUGCAACGAGAACGGCAUCGUGAGGUGCCCCGUCUGCUGCUGCUGAGACGUGACGGUGCAACGUGGCGCCACUUGGGUGUGGUGCUCGUGAUUUUGUGAAUGAUGGUGUGCGUGCGUGCGUGUGUGUGUGAUCGACGGUGUACGAUGAUGAUGAUUGUUGAAAUUCCGUUUGUAGCCAACGGCUGUGAUCGAUGCAACCAAUGCUUGGUGAUUCAUGUGAUGUUCCUGAGCA